ACGUUCGGCAAAACGGUGUAGUUUACUGACUGCUCGGAAAACGGCGGAGUCAUUUCGAGCCUUUCGUAAAAUAUCAUAUAUCUCGGACGGCUGAAACGAUGUCGACGAGAUACGAUAGAGCAAUUACGGUAUUUUCGCCGGAUGGACAUCUGCUCCAAGUGGAAUACGCUCAGGAGGCUGUCAAGAAAGGAUCAACAGCGGUUGGUGUGCGCGGUGCUGAUGUAGUAGUUUUAGGUGUCGAGAAGAAAUCAGUUGCUAAAUUACAAGAGGAACGUACGGUGCGCAAGAUAUGUCUUUUGGAUGAUCAUGUAAUUAUGGCAUUUGCAGGUUUGACUGCUGAUGCCAGGGUGUUAAUUAAUCGUGCACAAGUCGAAUGUCAAAGUCAUAAGUUAACCGUGGAAGAUCCCGUUACCUUGGAAUACAUUACAAGGUACAUUGCAGGUUUAAAGCAGAAAUAUACACAGAGUAAUGGUCGCAGACCUUUUGGAAUAUCCUGUCUCUUAGCUGGAUUUGAUUAUGAUGGUAGUCCACAUCUGUAUCAAACGGAACCAUCAGGAAUAUAUUAUGAGUGGAAGGCAAAUGCGACAGGUCGCAGUGCUAAGACCGUGCACGAAUUCUUGGAAAAGUAUUAUACCGCAGAAGAGGUAUCGGCAGAAAGGGGUUGUAUAAAAUUGGCGAUCAAAGCGUUACUCGAAGUAGUUCAGUCUGGACAGAAGAAUUUAGAAAUAGCGGUAAUGCGACGCGGACAACCAUUGGAGAUGUUAGAUACGGACACUAUAGGCGAAUACGUGACAGAAAUCGAAAAAGAGAAGGAGGCAGAGGCGGAGAAGAAGAAGCAGAAAAAGUGAUGCUUUUGUAUCCCAUUGUGUGCGGUUCUAUUGUAUCUUUAUUAACUUUUCUUAUAAAAUAAAAUUGCACUGCAAAUAUUAUAGGAAGGAAAGAGAUAAAAUGAAACACGA